AUGCUUCUCUUAUCUUUAUUUCAGUUCCUUCUAUGCCUCUCAAGCUGGGCUUGGGGUGUAUAUUCUAGCGAUACUCAGGAAAGAUUAGUCAAAGACUUCUUUGACAAGAAUGGGGCAUCAUCAAAUCCAAGCGGAUCCACACACACGAAUAACUGGGCAGUUCUAGUAUGCUCAUCGCGCUACUGGUUUAACUACAGGCAUAUGGCCAAUGCCCUUGGGAUGUAUCGCACUGUCAAACGACUGGGUAUCCCAGACUCCAAUAUCAUUCUCAUGUUGGCCGACGAUGCGUCAUGCAACUCCAGAAACAAGUUUCCAGGAAGUGUUUACGCCAAUCCCGGGCGUCAGCUAGACUUGUACGGAGAUAACAUUGAGGUUGAUUAUCAUGGCUACGAGGUUACCGUGGAGAAUUUUAUCCGCGUUCUAACCGGUCGCAUGGACGCCUCGGUACCGCGUUCGAAAAGAUUGCUGAGCGAUGAACGUUCGAACAUUUUCGUGUACAUGACGGGGCACGGAGGAAACGAGUUCUUGAAGUUCCAGGACAACGAAGAGAUCAGUGCGUUUGACGUCGCAGAUGCUUUUGAACAGAUGUAUCAAAAGAAAAGAUAUAAUGAGAUAUUCUUUAUGAUUGAUACAUGUCAAGCCAAUACAAUGUAUUCAAAGCUGUACUCGCCCAACAUUCUGGCUGCAGGAUCCUCUCAACUCGGAGAAAACUCAUAUUCCCAUGCCAACGACAAUGACAUUGGUGUGGCCGUCAUCGAUGCGUUCACCCAUUAUACCCUCGAAUUUAUGGAGAAGAUCAACAAAACCAGCCAGCUGUCCAUGCAGGAGCUCUUUGAUUCAUUCGACGUGACCAAGAUCAACUCUCACCCAGGCGUCCGUAGCGAUCUCUUCAACCGACCCUUGGAACACACGCGAAUCACAGACUUCUUUGGCGGCGUGGCCCAGGUCGAGGUGAUGUCGCCUCAUGACGUAGCUCCAUUGAUUUCGGUGAAUGAGACCCAAGGCACCGUGCAGGAUUCUCCCAAACCAGCUGCAUCAGCAUCACCCAGGCCGCAAUCCCAAUUGCAGAACUUCAACCUGACUCCGGCCCGAGAUUGGAAAACCGCACGGGCAUGGGGUUCCGUUGCGCUCAUCGGUGUCCUAGUGGGAUGGAUUGCCCUGAAACAGUGA